AUGUCUCUCAAUAUUCCCAACGCGCCCAAUGCGAACCUCUUCAAGUCGGGCUACAACAACUACGACUCGGAAGAUGGCGCCGUGCUCCGCAACAUCGACGCGUGCCGGGCCAUCUCGUCGACGGUGCAAACAUCCCUCGGGCCGUACGGCCGCAACAAGGUGGUGAUCAACCACCUGCAGAAGAUGAUCCUGACGUCGGACGCGGCGACGAUCCUGCGCGAGCUCGAUGUGGUGCACCCGGCGGCCAAGCUGUUGGUGAUGGCCAGCCAGCAGCAGGAGGCGGAGAUGGGCGACGCGACCAACCUGGUGAUUGUGCUGGCGGGUGAGCUGCUGCGCAAGGCCGAGGAUCUGCUGCGGAUGGGCCUCAAGAUGGCCGACAUUGUGACGGGCUACGAGCGGGCCCAGAAGUUUGCGCUGGAGACGCUCGAGGAGCUCGUGGUGGACAAGGUCGGGGACGUGCGGUCGCAGGAGGAGCUCAGCAAGGCGAUCCGCACGGUGGUGGCCAGCAAGCAGAGCGGCAGCGAGGAUUUCUUGGCGGACCUGGUGGCCGAGGCGGUGCUGGCGGUGCUGCCCAAGAACCCGGCCCUGUUCAACGUGGACAACAUCCGCGUGGUCAAGAUCAUGGGCGGCAGCCUGGAGCAGAGCCGGGUGGUGCGCGGCAUGGUGUUCCCCAAGGCGCCGGACGGCACGGUGAAGAAGGCGAGCAAGGCCAAGGUGGGCGUGUUCUCGUGCCCGAUCGACAUCAGCCAGACGGAGACCAAGGGCACGGUGCUGCUGCACAACGCCAAGGAGAUGGUGGACUUCACCAAGGGCGAGGAGGCGCAGCUGGAGGCCGUGAUCAAGCAGCUGCACGACGUCGGCCUGCGCGUGGUGGUGGCCGGGUCGACGGUGGGCGAGCUGGCGCUGCACUACCUCAACCGCUACGGCAUCCUGGUGAUUAAGAUUCUCAGCAAGUUUGAGCUGCGCCGGAUAUGCCGGGUGGUCGGCGCGACGCCGCUGGCGCGCCUGGGCGCGCCGAUGCCGGACGAGAUGGGCUCCAUCGACGUGGUGGAGACGCUCGAGGUGGGCGGCGACCGCGUGACGGUGUUCCGCCAGGAGACCGACGGCGUGACGCGCACGGCGACGCUGGUGCUGCGGGGCGCGACGCAGAACCAUCUGGACGACGUGGAGCGUGCGGUCGACGAUGGCGUCAACGUGGUCAAGGCGAUUACCAAGGACGCGCGACUGGUGCCGGGCGCGGGCUCGACCGAGACCCAGCUGGUGGAGCGGCUGCAGGCGUUUGGCGAGAAGACGCCGGGCCUGGCGCAGUACGCAAUCAAAAAGUACGGCGAGGCGUUUGAGGUUGUGCCACGGACGCUGGCGGAGAGCGCCGGUCUGGACGCGACGGAGGUGCUGAGCCACCUGUACGCGUCGGCGCACAAGAAGGACGAGUGGACGUACGGCGUGGACGUGGAGAACGACGACGGCACGGGCACGCUGGAUGCCAAGGACGAGGGCAUCCUGGACCUUCUGGCGAGCAAGAGCUGGGCGAUCAAGCUGGCGACGGAGGCGGCGCGGACGGUGCUGUCGGUGGACCAGAUCAUUGUGGCCCGGCAAGCCGGCGGGCCGAAGCCGCCCGGUCCUAACCCGAACUGGGACGAGGACUAA